UGGUUUCUCCCUUUCGCGAUGAAACAGGGAAGCGUGGGGGAGGACGGAAAAUGGAUAUCCAUUGAACUUGUAUUUACGGGAGUUGCAAACAGUUGCCACUUUUUCGCGCAUUUCCCUCAUUCAUUGCUUCGCUGUUUCAGCUACGAUACUUUCACAUGACACUGUAGCAGAGUCAGCCGGAGGUUUCCUGCGAAUUUUCAGUUUUCAGCUGCGUUAACAGGGGCUCUCUUUCUCAGCUGGUCCGAUUAUGAACCGUCUCUUUGUGUUCGGGCGACACAACUCCUACUGCAUUUGACGUGCAUGCUAUCACGUGCUCGUCGUCCGAGGCUUCCACGGAGGAGCAGGCACUAUCAGCUUGGAUGGAGGCUAUAGACAUCCACAGGUCACGGUGCUUUCGCAUUUUGUUUGACGACAACCGAGGGAUAAACUGGAUUCGAACGCAGGAACUGUGUGCGCUGCCGUGACGUUGCCUGGCAGAACUGCCCCAGGUGGAAGAAAUCCAGCGCCAUUGUGUCGGGGAUGAACGCCACCUCGAACCAACACUAUUAAUUUCGACUUUUUCUUACCACCCGAAAUCAGGGGGGAAAGGAGACAUACGCUGUCUUACGGCAGGUGCUGCGCCUGUGCGGCCGAUGUUGGGGUUCCACGUAUCUCUUUAAUAUGGCACUACAGGCGAGUGCGCCUUCUACUCCAAUGCCGUCUUCGACUCCGACGCUUCCUCCUUCUUUCGACUUCUCUGCCGAUCUGGGGUAUCGGGUGACUAUCCGGACAACGACAGGGGAGACGUUUCGGGGAGAACUGUACUGUUAUGAGAAUGGACCUACAGGCCUGGUCACUCUAAAGGAAGACACGGAACCAGGGAAGGCCAACUUUCACGUCGUUCGCCGAGGAGUUGUCGCAGAUGUAGUGUCCGAAAGACAAAAUGGAGAAGCUCGGCAGAAUCUGUCAAAGCCUCCCGUCAUUGAAAGAGGCACCGUGGAUCAUAACGAAAAAGUUGCCAUCGCUGAAUUCGAGAAACGGAAGUACACAAUUGGUGUCGGAGUAACCGCUGAGGCCCAAGACCUCUUCGACUUCAUCUGGAAAACGCAUCCAGACUGUGUAUGGCGCGGCCAAGAUAUUGUUAUUCAAAGUCUGGAGGUGACCAUCCGACCCCCCUACGAGCCGUCGAGUGUCUCUGGUCGGGACACACGAGCAAAGGAAAGAAUCACUAGCGUGGUCAUGAAGUUUCGACAAAAACGAGAACGGGAGGCAGCACGGCAGCCACAACAUGGCGCGCCUAUGCCAGGCGGCACUUCACUCCCGAACCUGACGAACGGAGCGUGCGAUAGCCCUGUUGUCCCUCGCGAAGCAGUAGAGUCGGCAGAAGGAGCAGCCACGGCGGCCGACGGCGUUUCAAGCCGUGUAGCGUGA